AUGCGGGCGACGAUGGGCAUCGACGAGGAGCGCUGCGAGGCCGCGACGCGAGUCGUGCGCGCGGCCUUUAGCGCCUACAGCGAGCGGCUCGAGUCGCGGCCCGCCGGCAGCGUGGCAGCGGGCGAGCAGCUGGCCAAGGAGGACCUCGCGUGGGCGUCCCUCGCCGGGAUCCUCGUCGUGCCGCCGACGUACGGCGGGCGGCGCUGGUUCGAUGAGGAGCGUGGCCACUCGGCGCUGAUGCCGCGGGCGGAAGAGCUGCCGCGCGGACUGCGUGCGCUCUGCGAGGAGCUUCGCGACACCGCGGCGGGGAGGCACGUGCUGAGGGUCUACGCAGCGCACCGGAUGUAA